AUGGAGAUCAUUGCCGGCCUCAAGUCCAACAAGCUAAAGCCUUUCUGGCAGAGUGUUAACGAGACACUUCCGGUGCUGGAAUACCUCUCCUCGGCCCUUUUGUCUUCCGAAUAUGAUCAAGCCCUGGGCCGGGCCCUUGCGAUGCCGGAUUGUCCGGUGGUUCCAUUUUUCGGAGCCUUCCUACGUGAGCUGCGCGAAGCCAUCGCUGUGGAGUCUAAGCACCCAGCCGAGUGCAGGGAGAAAGGGGCUUCGCAAACUAUCGGUAGGGAGGGCGAAUCCCUCGACAACGUGCCUUCGUCCUCGCCCGGCGCGAGGGCCAGUGCGGAAAGUGGCGGAGAGUCGCCGUCCGGAUGGAGCAGCUCCAGGAACACUCCCAGGACCGGGUCCCUGAGGAGGCCGGAGAGGGCCGGGGACGCCAACGCGGUCCUGGACAAGGUGGCCCUGUUCCACCGACACCGACAGGCUCGCGUCAAGGAGGCCGCAAGCGGGUCUUCGGGGUCGCUCGCCUCGGCCGGCUCGGUCGGGCCUCUUCGUCGCACCCCCAGCGUCCUGGCCUCUUCGGCGCCCUCUUCGGAGCCCUCCUCGGCGUCCUCCUCGGGUCCCGAGCCCGCCCACCCUCUGGAGGAGUGCGACGAGAACGACUACCACCUUGACCUAGACACCUACAAGCCGGUUCAGCCCCUCGCUAUCGACCAUGGGAUCGCCCUCUUCCCCGUGGCCGCCCCCAACGCCGGGAUGGACCUCCAUCUCCUGCAGGUGUUGCACCACGGCUCCACCCUGGUCCACUGGGACUGCGAAGGAGCCAGCUCUCGGACGGCUUUGGUUUUCGCGAGGAUCGACCGAGCUUGCGGAACCAUCGUCUGGGAGAAGCCUCCCUGGAGUCCCCUCAGGACAGCUCCCCCGGGAUCCGGGAGCGAGUUCCUCCUGAACGUUAACCCCGAAGAAGGCGUGCCGACCGGGCUGGUCAGUAGAUACGCCACCCAGCAGGACGACUGCACCCUGGUCAGCCUGGAGGAAGGAUAUCUGGACCUGACAGCGGUCAAGGAGAUCACCGUUGGAUGCUGCGACAGGGACAAAGAGGCCGACCUGCGGAGUACCUGCAGGAGAUACGGCCUCCCUGCACCUGACUCCUGUAUCGGCCUGAUGUACGGCUCCAACCUGUCCGACAAUCGACUCAUGUUUCUACUCUGCCCACCGUCCCUCAACAAAAUAUGGUACACGGGCCUGUGCUGCAUCCUAAAAGGCCUGAAGCGUCAGCAGCAGUUGACAGACCGAAGAUCCCGCUGGUUGAAGGAAAAGUAUCUACAAUUGUUUUUCGAAGAACGUUGUUUGGAGCCAAUGACAGCAGAUGCCAUCCGUUCUUUCGGCGGGCGCGACUGGUCGAUGACAGAAAGCAUCGGCACCCUGUCACCGACCAGCAGUUCCACUCUUCGGCGUCGAAACGUCAAAGGAAAAAAGACAAAAUCCAUCGGCAACAUCCACGCGUUGACGAAGGAACUGAGCUUCAAGCAGUACGACUCCUCGUCCUCGGACGGAGGUCUGAGUGCAGCCCCUCUGCGCCACGUGGCCGGCAGCAGGGAAUCCUUGACGAGGAUUAUCCCAGCAUCCCCCAGGUCCAGCAGGGACAGGGUACCACCUCGCAGCCCCCCGGGCUCUGCCGAGAGGAUCGUGACCUCGACCCUGCCGUACUCCAGUUUACAGAGCCUAUUGUGUGUUGCCAGAGAGAAGGACAGGAACGGGUCCAGCGGACCAGGACUUGUCGCUGACUCGCCCUGGCAGGUCAAGGCCAGGGCCACUUCCAUCAUGUACGAGACCCAGCUCAACUUCGUCGAGUUCGUCGCCCUCUUCCGCUCGUUCAGCCUGAGGGCCAGGAAGGACCUCAGGGACCUCUUCGCCCAGCUGGCCAUCAAUUGCAGGAGUCAAAGCGAUGGUUCGCUACGAGACUUCACCGCCCGUCCGCUGGUUCUCAGGCAGACUAGCGACAGCACCCCCCAACGCAUCGGUCUACUAACGAGGAACAACUCAAUCGACUGUUACGAGUACAAGACGAGCAGCAACCUACACAAGAAGCAGAUCUUCGACGCCGUGGCAGCAGCUAGUAUCGUCAACAACUGCUCCGGCGUUGACACCUCGAAAUCCCAGGUGAUUACCCUGGCCACCUUCACCAAGUUCCUGGAGUCCCGACAGCAGGAGAAACUUACGGACGAAGAGAUCAAGGCUCUGGUCAAGAGACACGAGCCGGACCCGACGUUGCGUACACAGUACUGUUUGUCUUUCGAAGGCUUUGCACGUUACAUGAUGGACAAAGACAAUUACGCUUUCCCCAACGAGUACGCGACUCCCUGUGACGAGGAGAUGCAGCAGCCUCUUUCCCAGUACUACAUAGCAAGCUCGCAUAACACCUAUCUCACCGGGCACCAGCUCAAAGGCGAAUCCUCCGUGCAACUAUAUUCCCAGGUUCUACUGACCGGAUGUCGCUGCGUGGAACUGGACUGCUGGGACGGGGAUGAUGGUUCACCUCUGAUCUAUCAUGGACACACGUUUACCACGAAGAUCCCUUUCCGGUCGGUGGUGGAGGCCAUCGACAAGAGCGCCUUCGUCAGCUCGCCAUAUCCGGUCAUUUUGUCCCUCGAGAACCAUUGCUCUCAGAGUCAGCAAGCCAGGAUGGCGCAGAUAUUCCAGACAGUCUUUGGGGAAAAGCUGGUUACCAAGUUCCUCUUCGACGCGGACUUUGGGGACGAUCCUCAGCUGCCUUCUCCGUCGCAGCUUCGGUACCGCAUUUUGAUAAAGAAUAAAAAACUGGUUGUUGAUCCUGGGGGCUCCUUGGCCUAUGCGGCACUCGGUCCUCGGGGUAAAAUGUUGAUGUCGGAUCGGGCUUCCUCUAUGAAGCAGAUGCGCACAGAUACGAGCAGCGCUUCGGCCGUUGAAUACUACAGCGAGGGCGAGGAUGACGAGGAGGGUGACGUCUAUGACGAUAACGAAGAGAACGCCGACGGUGUAUUUUCGUUUUCAGACAAUUCCAUCUCCAGCUACGAGAGGUCCCUCGGAAGCAACCAAAUCCCCCACAGCCGCUUCAAGUCGGACACGGCCGUGGAAGACAAAUCCCAAAAGCAGAGCAGUCAAAUAGCUAAGGAACUGUCGGAUCUGGUUGUAUAUCUACAGGCGAUUAAAUUCCGCGGGCUGAACACAACUCCAGGGACCUGUCCCAUCGGGAAACCACGACACCAACCGCACACCGGUACGGUUCAAAGACACAGCAUAGCCGGAAUCGGUACCAGCAGUAUCGCGUCCUCUUCGGGAUCGCCCCAAUCCCUGUCGACGUCGGCUUCGAUAGCCAGCGGGGGCAGCAACAUCGAGAACUUCUUCAGAUCCACCCGAGGCGUUCCCGCCUGUUUCCAGUGUUCCUCUCUGAACGAAAACGCGGCGAAAAAAAUUUGUCGCAAGCAACCCUUGGGAGUAGUCGCGCACGCGGAGACUCAGCUGAUCCGCACCUAUCCAGCGGGUAUGAGGAUAGAUUCGUCAAAUUUCAACCCGGUCAUCUUCUGGGCCUUCGGCAUCCAGAUGGUGGCCCUGAAUUACCAGACCGACGACGCGGCCCUCCAUUUAAAUGCCGCCAUGUUCGAGCAAAACGGGCAGGGUGGAUACGUGAGGAAACCGUCCGUCAUGUGGGACAAGGGCCACAUGAUGUACAGGCGGUUCAAUCCCUGGGACAAGGAAUUCGACGGGUUGCAUUCGGCACACCUAACGCUAUCGGUGGUAUCCGGGCAGUACGUCUCCCCCACGAACCUGUUAGCCAACACCUACGUAGAGAUCGAGAUGGUAGGGAUCCCCAUAGACUGUGCCAAACACAAGACCAAGGUCGUCCAUAGCAACGCCCUGAACCCUAUAUGGAAUGAGAAGUUCUGCUACCAGGUGAUGUUCAAGGACCUGGCCUUCCUGAGGUUCAGCGUGGUAGAGGCCAGCUCCCAUCACCUGAUCGCACAGCGAGUCCUACCUCUGAAGUGCCUGAGACCGGGCUACAGACACGUGAGACUGCGCUCCUGCAAGAACAAACCCCUGGCCCUAUCUACCCUGUUCAUCUACUCGAGGAUGGAGGAGGAGAGCCUGGACUUCAACGCCUGCUGCCACGAUCACAAGGAGUCCAAGAAGACGUCCUCCGGCAAGGAGCCCGAGAAGCUGACCACAGUCGACCCGGGUCUCGGUGGAGUGACCCUCAAGCGGCGCAUGUUCUUCCUGAUGGUCUAUCACGUGAUCCCGGAAGAGCCGUACACCAUCCUGAAGGUGACGCAGGAGAGCACCACCCAGGAGGUCAUGCUGCAGGCUCUGCAGAAGGCAGGGAUCUCCGCCGACCACGUGGACGAAUACAUCCUGGUAGAGGAGGUGUCCCGGGGCUGGGAGAAGAGGGACCGGGAGGAGCUGCCCACUCAGAGGGUCCUGGACCCCACGGAGCACCCGCUCCAGGCCCAGGCCCUCUGGAAGGGGCAAGGGCGGUUCCUGCUGAAGAGGGUCGGCGACGACCCCAGCAGCAGGGCCUGGUUGGCCUCCAUCAGAAGCACGGCGGGCCACUCGAAACUUUGCGACAACGCCGCCCGGGACCAGGAGCAAUCGCACAUCUGGGGCGAGGCCAACACCUUCCUGGUCUGCAUCUACAACGUCUCGCCGGAGAUUCCGUACGCCAUCCUCAGGGUGCCGGUCAGCAGCUCCGCGCAGGACGUCCUGGCCCAGGCGCUGGUCAAGGCUCGCAGGAUGGAGGACCCCAUGAAAUUCGCUCUCAUCGAGGAGCUCGAGUGGGGCGGCGCCGGCGCCGUUGGCAGCGGCAACCGACAGCUAAGGGUACUCAGGGAUGACGAGAACGUCUACAGCACCCAGGCCUUCUGGAAGACCCUCGGUAGGUUCAUCCUCAGGGAACGGGAGCAGGCCAUCCCCAGGCGACACCUGUUGCCGGCCACCCUCGACAGGCUGAGCAAGGGCUUCUCCGUGGGGAGGUCCGUCUCCCUGCCGGGGUCCAGCAAGGAGAAGGUCCCCGUCGCCGAAGCCCUCUCGGACCCCACCUCCAGGGGUCUGAGGCAUCGACUCCUCCUCUCGGGUCGCCGAAGAGAGGUCCACUCUGAUGGCGAAGAGUGUCGAGAGUCCGACCUACUCAACGCCGCUCUUCACCUCAAGAAGGUUUCCUUACGCAAAUUCCGCGUCUGGAAAUCUUAG